AUGAUCGUCAUCGACAUUACGACGCUGCCACCAGCAACUGUCGAUCCGAGUCUCGAGAACCUCCUCAAGAAUCCCGAGACGCAGACGCCGGCGCCCACGAACCUCGACAACCAGUUCUUUGGCCAAACGACAGCGCCGUCAAGCAACGCGACGACGGCACCGGUACUCGAAGACCAACAAACCGUGCCGCCCAACGACCACAGCAACAUCAACCGCGGCGCCGGCAACACCGGAGGCGACACGACUGCCGAGCUCAAGGCCAAGGCCACGGUCGGCACCGAGUCGACGUCCGAGCUCACGGUGCGCUAUGUGACGGCCGCUGUCGUUGCCGUGACGGUCGCGACGCUGGCGUUCUUUCAGUUUCUGGCCAUCAACCCGUCGUACAUUGCACCGGAUGCAACGAUGGAGCGGGCGUUCGCGCCCAACGCAUGGGAGCUGCCGACGUUUGUCGGGUUUCUCCAAGGCAUCAGCGUGCUCUCGCUGGUCCACAACACGAAUGUGCCGCAGCUCUUCUACAUGAACUUUCUCGACUCGCUCUCGUGGCUCAACUUUCUCAUUCGGGCGUCGGCGUCGUCGGCGUCGACGAGCACCGUAGCGUCCGUGCAGCUCGUGAGCCACCGGCAGUUGGGGCCGCACCGGCAACUGGCGUCGACGUCUGGCUACGACGCGUCGGGGUACAUUGAUUUCUCGCUGCGUGCGAACGUGGCCGAGAAGGACUGGUUCUUCCGUCUCUGGGCGACGGUGCUGGUCGUGCUGGCGGUGCUGCUGCUGGUCGUGAUCGUGACGGCCGUCGUCGCCAAGUGCUUGGUGCAGCGCGGGAACCCGUUCCACUCGGAGACGUCGGACUCGCACAAGCGCAGUGUGAGUCUCCGGUCGAUCUCGCGCCGGCUCCUCGGCAUGUGCGUCACGGUCGUCUACUUUGCGAUCUUGCCGCUCUCGAUGGUCGCGACGUUCGAGGUGCUGCAAGACGCGUCGUCGACUGGGUUUCCGCACACGAACGCCGUGCUGUCGAUGGUGACGUUGGCACUUCUCGUCGGUGUCCUUGUCGCCGGUGCGGUUGCGGUGCACCGCAAGACCGAGGCGGGUCUCUCCAAGUGGCACGUCCGCGUCGUGUGGGGCGUCGUGUACGGGCCGUACUUGUACAGCCACCGGCUUUUCUUUGUCGUUGCGGCACUCGUGCAGCUUCUGACGGGUGUUCUUGUCGCGAGUGUGCCCGUGGCCAGCGCCGCGCCAUUGAUUGCGCUCAUUGCGCUGCGGGUGGUCUACGUCGUAAUCAUCGUUGUCGUCCGACCGUUCCAGUGCACGAUCCAGCUGUGGUGCACACUGGUUUUGGAAGCGCUCUUGGUUGUCAUUUAUGGCGUCGCCGCCGGUCUCACCCCGCUCGGGUUGGAAGUCGGGACGCAGAAGACGCUGUCGUAUGUGGUUGUCGUCGUCGUCGUCGCGAUCGUUCUGAUCGUCUUCUUGCGUCUGCUGCUCAUGCUCUGGAACUUUGCGAGCGGGUGGGCGAAGCCGGACGACGUCUCGUACUCGGGCAUCCCGACGGCCCACGAGCACGACUGGGAGAGCUCCGGCGCCAACUACACGAUCUCAAUUCAGGGCGCCGACUCGUCACCGCGCGACGCGUCGGCGGCGUACUCGACCGACGACAUGCCCAACACGAUCCGGCUCGUGCCCUCGACGCACCCGACGCGGUCAUGGAAAUGA